AAAACCAUCAUAAUUCAUAUAAGAAUGGAGUUUGCUAACACAAUAUAUGAAAAGGUGUACAAUUUAUGGAUGUAUAAAAUAAAAUUUCUCUCUCUCCAAAUUUUUUAAACUAUCCUGCCGCUUUCCGGAAUCGAUUCGUCAACGCUCCUGUAUUUAGAAUUCAUUGUUUAGUGCAUGGAUACAAUGUAAACAACGCUCCCUUUGGCGUAUUUCAUGGCUCAGGGCCAAUGAAUAGGAAAGUCGGAGGUAAGCGCACGAUUAGCUUUCUUAAGGUUAACAAAAGGAGUGUACUCUUACACGAAAUCAAGUAUGCGAUGUUCAUUUAAAGUAUGUCAACCAGACCCAAAAGCACGCAGAGGGUGAAAUCACAGACCGUGACGUUAAACACGACUGAAUCAGAUUCAUCAUCCAAAAAUACACCACACACGAAUUCCCAGCGGCGUGUGCGCCCCAAAACAGUCCCUGCCAAAACACAAAGUGAAAAUGUCAAGUCCAGUCACCUCUCCACCGAGAUUAAAAGUCGAAUCGGUAACGGACAGUACAAUCCGGACAGGAAACCGACCAGAGACAGAAAUAACGGUGUCACAACAGGAACAAGUACAACCAAGGUUUUCACGAAAAGAGUGGUGAAUGUCAACCAGAAAACCGCGGGGGCGGGACCCAGAGCUAGCGACGUAGACACGGGAGGACAUACUGAGACAGAGAAAAGAGUGGUGAAUGGCAACCAGAAAACCGCGGGGGCGGGACCCAGAGCUAGCGACGUAGACACGGGAGGACAUACUGAGACAGAGAAAAGAGUGGUGAAUGGCAACAAGAAAACCGCGGGGGCGGGACCCAGAGCUAGCGACGUAGACACGGGAGGACAUACUGAGACAGAGAAACUAAACGUCACCGGAAACCAAUCCUCCUUAAGUUCCCAAAAAACAUCCAGUAACGAGGAAUCGGAAUAUUCUACGAAACACGGACAGUCUCCGGACCGUAGUUCAUACUCCAGUAGCAACGGGUCAGACAAGGUCAAGGUCAAUGAAAACCACAGAGAAGAAAAUGUCGAGGAACACAUUAUCGAAAACGUUUUUGAUGGGCGAUAUUUUAGUUGUUCUGUGGAUUCUGACGUCACCACUCCGUGGCUAGUUGGACUAGCUUACGUUAGAAGCGGUGACGUCAUCUGUCUGGAUUUAAAUAACGAGCGCAUUAAACGAUUCGACAAGAAUUUCAAGAUGGUUUCGAGCAUUGAGGUUCCAUUUGAUUGUUCUGGAAUGACCAUUACGUCACCGGAUGAGGUAGCAGUCACGUGUCUGAACGAGAUUCAUUUCUACAACGUUGGAAAAUUCGGAAUGAAUAGAACUGCAAGAUACAUCACAGUAAAUGGAAUGGCACAUGGUAUUGCACACGACCAAAACUGGUUCGCCGUGACGUGUGAUAUUACAGAACCGGAAGCGAGCACAAUACGGGUUAUUGAUGAAACCGGAAGUGAACAAUAUAUCAUUGAUCCAUCAAUAGUGUCCGGACUACCAUUAAAGUUUGCAUCAUUUUUAACACUUGACAAAUCACUCGAUCGAAUAUUCAUAUCAGACUCUGCUCCGAGCAGGGUCGUCUGCAUAAAUUUCCGAGGAGAACCCUUAUGGGAUACUUCCAUACCUGGUGGGUCACGUGAUAUUGUUUCUGUGAACGUCGACAAUAUCUUAGUGUGUGACCAGUUUAGUGAAAAAAUCCGCCUGUUGACGAAAGAUGGCGUUCUGAAAUCGGACGUCAUAUCCGCAGAGGACGGACUUUGUAACCCGGAUAUCGUAGCUCGCAGACCAGGUUCUAAUGACGUCAUCGUAUCUUAUGGCGGUUUUGGGACUGUUGGGUUAUUUUCCGUUCAACUGUAAUGCGCAUGCCGCAGUUAGAUAUAUAUAAUGUAGAAGCUGUUAUUUACCAAGAAAUCAAAAUGAGGUUAUUGGGAAGUGUUACUCUAACAGAACUCCUGUGUGUGUCUGCCAUAAAUCACGGUGGCGAAUCACGUGACUUUGUCACGACAUAUUACCCGGAAAAAUGACGGCAAAAGUCAACACAUGGGGAAAUUUAAAAAAAAAAAAAAUAAAUAAAAAUUCGACCGCCAAAAAACUGUUAAUGUUCUUUGCUUCUUUUGCACCUAGAACUACCAUUUUAGUAUAGAUUCGUUCCUUAGAAAAUCCUUCAAAUGUUGAUUCAAGUUAUGUGACAAUUCGCUAUUGAUAAAGGUGUUACUUAUUCAUUGGGAUUUUCCCUUGUGUUGACUUUCGUCGUCAUUUUCCCGGGUGAUAGGUCGUGCCAAAGUCACGUGAUUCGUCACCGUUAUAAACGUUCGUUUUAAUGUACAAGUAACACGAAAGAAAAAUAUCACGUUUACUAAUCGAACGUCACACCAUCAAUAUUGAAAGCGAAUAAUGGGGAAUAUUAUUUAUAUUUAUGACGUUUUAAUUAAGAAUGUCAUCAUACAAGCAGGGCUUACUUAGUCUAAUGAGAAAAAUAAUUAAUCAUGAAUUCAAACGUCAUCAUACAAACAGGAAUGACCAAGUCUAAUUAUUCAAUUAUUAAUCAUCUACUAGAAUUUCUUUAUGAACAUUUCUGACAGAAAACAAACCUACCCUUUGUCAUUACUUGAUACGGUGUAUUAUAGGUCGGGGUAGCUCAGUGGUCAAGCGUUUGCUUUGUAACCUUGAGGUUGUGAGUUCGAACCCCGCUCGUGCUGUAGCCGCGUAAAUCCCAUGACCUUAACAAUGGUAGUGAUUGCUCUUUCGCCAAACACUCGGCAUCUACAAGUGAGAGCCACAGGUCUGUCCGAUGACCAUAAAAACGUAGGUCCCGUGUCGCGGCAGGUGUUGGCACGUUAGAGUACCCUCGCUGCUACGGCCCUGCGCGCUAAACAUACGUAGUCUAAGUCUGUGGUGAGGUCUCAUUAUAGGCCUAAGUAAAAAAAUAUCGACGUGACGUAAAACCCACAACUAGGCUAGCUUUAAGUUCCCCGAGACUGUAACACCUAUUGAACUAGCGAGUUUGUGGUAUAACACGAGAGAAUGGAUUAACAGCGCGGUUUGGGGUCCUGUGUGUGUGGCUUUGAAGGUAAAAUACUAACCUAUUGUGUUCAGUUCAGAAAUAUACUGCAAUUAUUAUACUG